AGCCUGGCUGCUGUGAGUCAGUUUUUCCUCAGCCCUACUCAGCCUGUAAGUUCAACUGAUUUCUUAUUUCAUUAACCAACACUGGAAUUUAGUCACAUCAGUAUCCAUGUUGCCUGUUGUGGUAGUCCAUGGAGGUGCGGGGUUUAUUCCCAGGGACCGUGCUGAGAUCUCCUGUGCUGGGGUACGGGAGGCAGCAAGAGGGAGUUAUGCUGUUCUGAAGUCUGGAGGUAGUGCCGUGGAUGCUGUGGUAGAGGCUGUCACCAUGUUGGAGAACAACCCAGCAUAUAAUGCAGGUAAAGGGUCGGUGUUGAAUGUGAAAGGGGGAGUGGAGAUGGAUGCUUUGGUGAUGGAUGGACGUACUCUAGACAGUGGUGCUGUGUCUGCAGUUAGGGGAGUGGCUAACCCAACCCAGCUCGCCAGGAUGGUCAUGGAGAAGACUAGUCACUUAUGUUUGACGGCUGAGGGGGCCUUAAACUUUGCCAGGGCCAUGGGUGUCCCUGAAGUGCCUGAAGAGUCACUGAUAACAGACUAUGCCAGGAUGCGCUGGAAGAAGAACCUGGAGCCAGGCGCUAACCCUGUGGAGUCUCAGAUGGGAAAGAUGGGCACAGUUGGGGCAGUAGCUGUUGAUGUGGAGGGAAAUCUGGCUUGUGCUACCUCCACAGGAGGCAUAAUAAACAAAAUGGAGGGUCGUGUUGGAGACACACCGUGUAUUGGAUGUGGAGGCUAUGCAGAUAACCAGAUUGGUGCUGUCUCACCCACUGGUCAUGGAGAAGCCAUCAUGAAAGUCACUCUGUCCAGACUUGUUCUCUUCCACAUGGAGCAAGGAAAAAGCCCAAAGGAGGCGAGUGACUUAGCCCUGGACUACAUGAAGGAGCGUGUGAAGGGUUUGGGUGGUGUGGUGGUCGUGGACCCAAAAGGGACCUGGACAGCUCGUUUCAGCAGUCUGCAGAUGGCUUGGGCUGCAGCACAGCAAGAGCAGCUCCAUUAUGGCCUGUACCAUGGAGAGGACUUCACUGAGCCUAUAUAGUGGUCCUCAUAAUCGCCACACUCACAUAUAAAGCACAGGUUUGUGUUGAUUACAUGUGCAAAUAUCCAUAAGGUAAUCAUCUUGUAUUGCUACAUUCCAUUCUGUUACUACAGAUAAUGCUAUCUGUUGGACAUAAUGGCUUAUUUUACUGUACGUCAAAACUGAAUUUCAUGCAAAUCAGUAUUAUGAAGUUAAAAAAUAAUACAAGUGUUUGUGCACAAAACCAAAUCAGUGUUGUGAAACUGUUUUCAAAAGAAGAAUAAUAAUUGUAAAACAAUAAUUCAGUACAUGAACUUCAGUGAUAAUCAUUUUUAUUAUUACUUUUAUGCUUCAGUCAUAAAAGUCUACAGCACCUUUUUGAGUAAGUCUACUACUGUUUAGUGCACACUCCUUCAACACUCCAACACUCCUUCAAAACUCCAACACUCCUACUCAUAACAAAACCUUAUCGCCUGGAUUUGUGUCAUAGCAUUGCUAGUUCUAACUGUCCUCCACUAGAUGGAGAUAAAAGGCAUCUGCGGUCAAGACCAGAUUUAUAUGUUAUGUUCUUACUUCCUAUUUACUGUGUAAACUGGACUUACAGUUGUAAGUUGUAAAGUUGUCAAGUUAUAAAAAAACAUUUCUAAAAUAAAUUCUAUUUGCAAAAUG